AUGGUGAAUUAUCCUUUUUUGACAAGUGCUCCAGGUAAAGUCAUUCUUUUUGGAGAGCACUCUGCUGUUUAUAACAAACCUGCUAUUGCUGCUGCUCUUUCAUUAAGAACGUACUUGUUGGUUUCGAAGAAUGAAGACGAUCCAGAAGGAUAUAUUCGACUGGAAUUUCCUGACAUUGGACUGAGCCAUCAAUGGAUGAAAUCCGAAAUGCCGUGGGACCUUUCUACACAUGAGCAAGGGAGACCCCCUGCAAUAGAAGAGCUUAAUGCGGAACUAGUUAAUGGGUUGACUCCAAUGUUGACAACAAUCACGUCGCCUUUACACUACGCUGCUGCAUACUGUUUCUUAUAUUUAUUUGUUUCAUUAUGUCACGGAGAAGUGGAACAUGGCCUCACCUUUACCGUGAGGUCGACUUUGCCAAUUGGAGCUGGAUUAGGCUCAUCUGCCUCUAUUUCUGUUUGUCUCGCAAGUGCAUUUGCCUACAUUGGAGGCCAUAUUAAGGCGGCAGGUCUGGAGAGAGACUCCAAAAUUGUGAAAGAUUCGGAUGAAUGUUUGUUCAUUGACGCUUGGUCAUAUAUGGGGGAAAAGUGUAUUCAUGGCAACCCAAGUGGGAUUGAUAAUGCUGUUGCUACACAUGGUGGUGCGGUUAUGUUCCAGAGAAUGGAGAACGCAGUUCCCAACGUGCGUACUUCGAUGAGAAACCUGCCGUCUAUUAAUCUGCUUUUGACAAACACAAAGACGCCUAGAAGGACUGCGGAUCUGGUUUCCAACGUUGCAAGAAUUGUAAAUGAUUUCCCUAAAUCGACGGGAUGUAUAUUAGAGUCGAUGGAGGCCAUUGCUAGAGAAGCGUACAACUUGAUGUUGCGCCCAUUUUUUGACGAAGACUCCAAGGCGAGAUUGAUGGAGUUGAUGAGAAUUAACCAUGGUCUUUUGGUGUCUCUUGGUGUUUCGCAUCCGAACUUAGAAAGGGUCAAAUUGUAUUGUGAUGAGCUGAAGAUGGGGGAAACCAAGCUGACAGGUGCAGGUGGUGGAGGCUGUGCUAUUACCUUAUUGAAGGAUGAUGUUGAUGCGGAGACUUACGAGAAACUUUUUGCUAAAUUUGAACAAAAUGGCUUUGAGACUUUCAGAACUACUUUAGGAGGUAAAGGCGUAGGUCUUUUGGAAGAUCCUGCCGAAGCUCUUUUGCAGUACAUGACUCCGGAGAGCUUUGUCAAUUUUAAUAAUACCACGGAAAUUGAGACGUCAAUCGGCUGCACUGCUGUUGAAUCUUGGAAGUACUGGUAG